GCAAGCCUCCUCUGCUGGCCACAGGCAGGCGUUGGCUGGGGAGGAGACCAGCCGAGCUCCUAGCCCUCUCCUUCCACUUCAGUCCGGGCCCAUGGCUCCAGGCCCCGGCCUCACUGCCUCUCUGGCGCUGUGCAGACCCCGAGCCCGGGCGGCGCCCGACCACAGGGCUCCGGAGUGCGCGGUGCCAGGCACCGUGCUCCUCCUGCUCGGCUACCUGGCUUACCUGGCGCUGGGCACCGGCGUGUUCUGGGUGCUGGAGAGGCCCGCGGCGCGUGAUUCCAGCGCGAGGUUCCAGCGUGAAAAGUGGGCGCUGCUGCAGAACUUCACGUGUCUGGACGGCCCAGCGCUGGACUCGCUGAUCCGGGGCAUCGUCCAAGCGUACCAAAAUGGGGACAUUGUCCUUGGCAACACCACCAGCAUGGGGCGCUGGGAGUUCAUGGGCUCCUUCUUCUUUUCCGUGUCCACCGUCACCACCAUUGGCUAUGGCAACCUGAGCCCCCAAACGAUGGCCGCCCGCCUCUUCUGCAUAUUCUUCGCUCUUGUGGGGAUCCCGCUCAACCUCGUGGUGCUCAACCGGCUGGGGCAUCUCAUGCAGCGGGGGAUGCACCGCUGUGCCCGCAGGCUGGGGGGCGCCCGGCAGGACCCGACCAAAGCUCGGUGGCUUGCGGGCGCCGGCGCCCUCCUCUCGGGCCUCCUGCUUUUCCUGCUGCUGCCCCCGCUGCUCUUCCGCCACGUGGAGGGCUGGAGCUACGUGGAGGGUUUCUACUUCGCCUUCAUCACCCUCAGCACCGUGGGCUUCGGCGACUACGUGAUUGGGAUGGACCCCUCCCGGAGGUACCCGCUGUGGUACAAGAAUACAGUGUCCCUGUGGAUCCUCUUUGGGAUGGCGUGGCUGGCCUUCAUCAUCAAACUCAUCCUCUCCCUGCUAGAGACCCCAGGGAGGGCGGGUUCCUGCUACCACCACAGCUCCAAAGAGAACUUCAAGCCCCGAAGCUGCAGGCAGAGUGCAGAUGGGGAGGCGGAACCCCGUUUGCCACAGCCCGGCUGCCGUCCAGAGGAGCCUAUGGGAAUCAUGCAGCGUCCAGAACCCUCUACCCAGGCCUCAUGCUGUGGAGAGGACAACUAGCUAUACCUCAGUACGUGUUCCAUCUUCUUCCUCAGCAACAAGAACCCUGGUUUUAAGGUUGGCACGUGACCACCCAGACUAAAGACUACUUUUUUCUUUAUCUCCCCUUGAGGCUAUUUGCAGCUAUAUGAUUAAAUUCUGCCCAAUAGAAUACACAGA